UUUUUUUUUUUUUAAUAUCAUCAUUAAUAAUGUCGACUACUUCUGUGAGUCGACCACUUCAUUUACGACUUUUAUUCCCUCACCUUCUCACACUUCCUAAAACCGAUCCUAGACGUAACGCCACACCUGUAAUUACUCAGUCUCCAGCCAUUGAUCAAGAACUUUUCAUGUAUAUGGCUUUAUUGAUGAGAGACUUUAUUCAUCCUUGGUAUCAUUUAGUGACUCAAGAUCAAGAUUUAACUGAUGCUAUUGUAGAUAUUCUUACUGGUGUAGUACAACAUUUAGAAAAAAGGUGUUGUCAACAGGUAAUCUUUCUUUCUUCUUUUUUUUUUUAUCUUAUCUAAUUUCUUCUUUCAUCCCUAUUAGGUAGAUUGGACUGAACUACUUUUAGUAAGUAUUCCAAAACUACUUACACUUCAUUGGCGUGAUUAUCGACAAGCAAAGAUACGACUUCAUAUGAAUCAUGCUAGUGGUAUCAACACUUUAGAUGGUUUAUUUCAUGGAAUGCAACCACAUAUUGCCAUGCAAGUUGAUGAACAGGAAUAUAGACGACAACUGACUGAUGCAGUUUUAUCUCUUUUAUUGGAUAAAAACGAUUACAAGAAUGAUUCAUUUCGUUUACUUUUACGAGAAAUCUUAUCCAAUAUUGUUUUAUCAAGUUUAACCGAAACAUUAACAGAUCCUUAUACUAUCCAUAUGAUCAUUUGCAAGUUACUUCAAGGUUAUGAUCCAUUGUUGGAUACAUUAGAAUCAUCGGGACAGUUUGCUGGGACUUAUUUUAGUGCUUUGACACAUGAUCAAAUUACUACUGAUACAACACCAUUACAGGAAACCAAGAGACAGGAAGAAGAGAAUACAUCGGAACAACAUAAUCCUGGUUUAGUCUCCAAAUUAAGACAACUACAGGAACAACAAAAAGAAGAACGAUUACAACAAGGAGUAGGCGAUCCAUAUGACGAUUUAACCACCAAUAAUAAUAACAAUUCCUCAUCAUCAUUAUCAUCCUCACAAAAACUUUUCUCUUUUGGUUACAUCGCUCUUCAAGUUAUAUUAUCACCCUUUCGUUCACUCUAUUUUUAUCUUCAAGCAGUAUUGACUCAUUCUCAGCAACGAUAUCACAAAGUAAAUCGGCAUCAAAAGAAAACACGGCAUGUACGACUGAUUGAACCUACCAUGAAAUUUUUACGUGUGGCAUUUUUGGUGGAUGAUCGACCAAUUGUACAAUGGGGUUGGCAAAUGAUUGCUAUGUUUUUAUGGCCUAUUCUAAGAGUAUUUGGUGGUGGUUUAUUGAUUGAUAAGUAAAAAUAAUAAUAAUAACUAAAAAAAAAAAGUUGUUUCUAUUAACAUUUUUUUUUUUUUUUGGGAUGAUAGAUUUCUAGAACAAACGAUUCUUCAUGUACUUAGUGAACCUUUCUUAGUAUUUUAUUUAAGACUAGGAAGAGAUUUAUUAUGGCCUGAGGGAACUUUGAUUCAACGUGGACCAACAGUGACGCCAUUACAACGAGAACAAAUGCGAAUCCGAGCAGAACGUUUAUUAGUGAUUGCAUUACCUCAACCUUUAGGUCGAACAUUAUUUGGUACAGAUGAUUUGAAUCAAUUACAAUCUCAUCUUCAUGAUACUUUGGCUCCUUUACAACAUAAAUAUAUCAACAAACAUCUCAUGUAUCUUUUGAUUGAUUUGGUGAUUGCCAAAGUAUUUCCUGAAUUGAUCGAUCAUCAUUCUUUUGUAGUUUAGAACUUUGUAUAUAUUCCGUCCUUCUCAUUUUUACCAAUAAAGGAAUUCCCUCUUUUUUU